UAUGAGGUAGAGGGAAUGUUGGAGCCUCGAGGUUCAGUGGCAGCCUUGAAACCAGAAAGGGGAAGCCUCCAGCUAGGGACAGCUCUGGCAUGGUUUUCCCUUGGAUUUUCCACGUUCCAAGGCAACAGUGUAGCCACUGCCUUAAGACAUGGCUUCACCACAGGCACUACGACAGCGCAGACUCAGCAGCAUGGACACUUACUCCUGCGAUGUAUGAGGUUUUUCCAUCACUGUAGGGUGGUGAAGGAAGAAAUCUCGGAUGAUAAUGCCAAGCUUCCCUGCUUCAAUGGCCGGGUGGUGUCCUGGCUGGUGUCUGCGGAGGGGUCGCACUCAGACAGCGGAUCCGUCUGUGCCGAUAAUCAGCCGGAGCUGCCACCCUCCAUAGAGCGCACCGGGGGCAUCGGAGACUCCAGGCCCCCCUCCUUCCACCCCAACACCGGGGGGAGUCGGGAGAACCUGGAUAAUGAGACCGAGACAGAUUCGGUGGUUUCAUCGCAGAGGGAGAGACCUCGCCGGAAAGAUGGACCUGAGCAUGCCCCCAGAGUGAACGGGACAGCGAAAGGGGAGCGGUGCCGAGACGUAGGUGGGUACGAGAGCUCCUCCACUCUCAUGAGCAGCGAAUUGGAGACCACCAGCUUCUUCGACUCGGAUGAGGAUGACUCCACGAGCAGGUUGAGCAGCUCGACAGAGCAGAGCAGCGCCUCCCGCCUGAUGAGGAGGCACAAACGACGCCGGCGGAAACAGAAGGCCCCACGCAUCGAGCGGUCGUCGUCCUUCAGCAGCAUCACAGACUCAACUAUGUCUCUGAACAUCAUCACAGUCAUGCUAAACAUGGAGAAGUACAACUUCCUGGGCAUCUCCAUCGUGGGACAAAGCAAUGAGCGUGGGGACGGUGGCAUCUAUAUCGGCUCCAUCAUGAAGGGGGGCGCCGUAGCGGCUGACGGCCGGAUCGAGCCCGGAGACAUGCUCUUGCAGGUGAAUGAUAUCAACUUUGAGAACAUGAGCAAUGAUGACGCUGUGCGUGUGCUGAGGGAGAUUGUGCACAAGCCGGGGCCCAUCACCCUGACGGUGGCCAAGUGCUGGGACCCCAGCCCCAGGGGCUGCUUCUCGUUACCGCGUAUUGCUCCCCAACGGAUCUGGGCUGGGCCAGACUCUCCGUGCUCCGAUCCGGGUGAGCCCAUCCGACCCAUCGACCCGGCAGCCUGGGUUUCCCACACAGCAGCGAUGACCGGCACCUACCCGGCGUACGGUAUGAGCCCAUCCAUGAGCACAAUCACUUCCACCAGCUCCUCCAUCACCAGCUCCAUCCCAGAGACCGAACGCCUCGAUGACUUUCACCUGUCCAUCCACAGCGACAUGGCCACCAUCGUCAAAGCCAUGGCCUCCCCCGAGUCAGGCCUGGAGGUGCGCGACCGCAUGUGGCUGAAGAUCACCAUUCCCAAUGCCUUCAUUGGUUCAGAUGUGGUGGAUUGGCUCUAUCACCACGUGGAAGGUUUUACAGACCGGCGGGAAUCCCGCAAGUACGCCAGCAACCUGCUGAAGGCCGGCUACAUCCGACACACCGUGAACAAGAUCACCUUCUCUGAGCAGUGCUACUACAUCUUUGGAGACCUCUGCGGCAACAUGGCUAACCUGUCCCUGCAUGAUCAUGAUGGAUCCAGCGGAGCCUCAGAUCAGGACACGUUGGCUCCACUCCCCCACCCAGGAGCUGCACCGUGGCCCAUGGCUUUCCCAUACCAAUACCCACCACCUCAUCCAUACAACCCCCAUCCAGGAUUCCCUGAGCCAGGCUACAGCUAUGGCGGGGGCAGUGCAGGCAGCCAGCACAGUGAAGGGAGUCGGAGCAGCGGUUCAAACCGCAGCGGCAGUGAAAGAAGAAAGGAGAGAGACCCAAAGGCUGGCGAGUCCAAGUCAGGCGGCAGUGGCAGUGAGUCGGACCACACCACCCGGAGCAGUAUGCGGCGGGAGCGGGCGGCCAGUGAACGCUCGGUGCCAGCCAGCCAGCGCAGCCAACACUCUCUGGCUCACAGCAUCCGCAGUCACCACAGCCAGCAGUCAUAUGGGCCGCCUGGCUUGCCACCCCUCUACAGCCCACCCAUGCUGCUGAUGCCUCCGCCGCCUUCUGCCAUGGGGCCCCCAGGGGCCCCGCCGGGCCGUGACCUGGCCUCUGUGCCCCCUGAACUGACGGCCAGUAGACAGUCAUUCCGAAUGGCCAUGGGCAAUCCCACAAAGAAUUACGGGGUGUUUGACUUCCUCUGAGCUUGCCGCCCCCAGGGGUGAGAGCUGGAGCAUGGCAUGGCGGCUUGGCCCAACAGAGGAGGACAUGAAGCCCCAAGGGUGCUGGGCACGUACGGUGCUGAAGAUGGCUUCUUUCCCACUAGCUGAAGACGCUCCCCUGUCCCCUCCAGAGCCCUGAGAGGGGAGCAGGGCCCAGCUCCAGCCGUGUGUGUGUUCAGCUUAAUCAAUGUAGCCACCUCCCAGCCAAUGGCAGUGCCUCUGGGCAGUGGAGAAGGUGAGGCCCCAACUGGGAGGGUGCCACGCCCUGUUCCUCCACCCCACCACAACCUGCUCAGAUGUAGGCCAGGGACUGUUACCCUACAGCGGGGUGGGGAAUCUUUUUGGGGUCGGGGGCCACUGACCCAUAGAAAAAUCAGUCGGGAGCCACAUCCAAAUGAGAAGCCCCUGACCGAGAAUCAGAAAGACACUCCCCACAUUCCCCUUGCACGCCAUAGCCUGGGGUGGAGGGCAGCCUAAUAGAUUGUGUGUGCUCCAGCCCUGCGGAUAGAUGGCAGUGGGGUUGGAGCACCAGCCCCAAUGCUGAGCCUUGAGGCCCGCUCCCAAGCAAGCCGAGGGCCGCAUCCGGCCCCCGGGUCUAAGGUUCCCCACCUCUGCCCUACAGCAUUAAGCCUAGUCUAUUCCUAUGGCAAGGCCCCACGUAGGUUUGGAGGCCAUACGCUAAUGAGGCUCUCUGUUCCUGACUGAGUGCUGUUGGGUCAGUAACGCCCGAGGCAGGUAGCGACCAGUGGCAGGAGCCUGACAUUGCUGAAGUACCUGCCAUCCGUUCCUCAGGGCUCUACACAUACCCGCGAGCUGUGUGGUGUGGAUUUGGCUGAGCAUGAGGGUCCCAUUUACACCCGCUGUUCCACGUGGGGGUCUCGCUCUGAAAAUGUGCCUGUAGUCUAGGCUGCCCCCCUCGGUGCCACUCUCACUCCCCACGUGACCAUGACUACCCAUUCCGUAGCCACAGAACAUGCUCCAUCCAGGCCUGCUGUGCGUAGCUGGGGGCUGCAGCUGCUGGCUGUACUCUCCUAUGCUGGUGCUAAGCAGCAGGCUGAAUGUGCAGAAGCUAUUAGGCCUAAUCGGAGCCAGAGGAGGGGGCAGUUGGGGGAGGGGGAGAGCACGGUAGUGUGUUCCCCUGCAGCUGCUGCCUUCUGAGCCGCUGUCUGUCUCCCUCUGUUCUAGAAGAGUAAGUUGUGCUGGCUUCUUGUUCUCUUCUUCCCCAUGGACAAUGGAGGGGUCAGAGCCGGCCCAAGCUACGGGCUGACUGGGCUACUGCCCAGUGCGCCCCAUUCUAGGGGGCGCCGUGUGGCGUUGCCGCGCAUGCACCGGGCGCCAGGGGCACUGUGCGCCCGGGGGCGGGGCCGCGCAUGUGCUGCCCUCCCAGUGACAGCGCUGUGCUCCUGGGCCCGGGGCGCACGAAUGGCUCGGGCCGGCCCUGGGAGGGGUGAGUAAGGAUCAGGUUCUAAGGAGACUGGAGAGUGAUCCCUUGCCCUGCUGUGACAGUCCCUAUUUGAGACACUGACCUGUUCUGGGUAGUGGUACUGCAGCCCUGGCCUGUGGCAUGUAUACGGGGCCUGGACCAUGUCCCUCCCGAGGACUGUGCUCAGUUUAGCUAUUAGAGAAAAGUUCUCUUUCUUCCUCGGCCUCCUGAGGCUCACUGAGCCCUGUUCCUCCCAGCCCAUGCUGGAAUGACAGAGGGGCCAUCUUGGGUAACGAGCUAGUGCACAAGAGUACAUGGUACGUUAAGCUCCAUCUGAGCCUCCCUGAGUCCUCUUGCUGUCAGGCAACAGCUUCCUCUGCAAUCGUAUAAACGGUAUAAACUCCUUGGAGUUGUGGUUUUUAGUUUUCUUAGCAGGUGAAAUAUAUUUUACACCUGGAACCAAUUCAUCCACUGCCCCCGUUCUGCCCCAUCUGCCAUCCCAGCACCAGCCACCCUGCUCUCUGUGCCAUCCUCCUGCCCCUCUAUCACAGCACCAGCUCUUCUACAGUUCAUCAUUCUUCUAGCUCCCCUCCAUGCUGCCACUGCAUCUCCUGUGCAUAAUCCUUCGUAUCUACCCUGGUGCCAGCCUGUCUAAUAUCCACCAUCCUGCCCAGUGUACCAUCCUCCCACCUCAUGCUACCACCUACCAUCCUACCCUGCCUUCCAGCCUGACUCUGGCUCCUUCCCCUGCCUGCUGGGUUUUAUAAAAACAAAACCAAUUUCCUUGUUUUUAUUUAUAAACAUAGUUUUAUUGGAAUCUGGCUCCUGUGGUCUUUACUCCUCUUCUGUCCUGUGUCUUGGGCUGAUGUGGCUGGCCUGCAGUGUGCUUCCCUCACUGUGGAGGCCUAGAACGCUCAAUCCUAUUCAUUUCCUGAUGAGCUCUUCUCAGAUGUUUCCGGCUCUGGCAAGUGAACAGUCAGUGUCUGUCCUAUGCUGCUGUUUCUCCAACAGAAUGAGAUUCUCAUGCUCGCUGGGGCCCAACCCAGAGGGGCGUGGUAUAUUUUUGACUGUGUGCCCUGAUGGAGGUCAUCUUGGAAAAAGGAGCCACGACCUCUCUCUUAACUGAGACCUAAACUACAGUGCUUGAUCUUUCUUAUGCCUGCCUUAAAUAGAAGGAAGCUAAUGCAACUGUGGUAGAAUUGAAUGGGAUGGUUGAGUAAUCCUUCCCCACGUGUCUGCUGUGUGCACUUGGGAAUAAAUGGAUUUCAGUAGCCACUCAGAAUGGCUG